AUGAGUCUGGAAGAGCUCCAGAAUGCUCUGAGUUCUGUGAUUGGUCCAGACAGCCAGAGUGGAUGGAUGGAAAGGGUCUUUAAUGAGGUACGUGAACUAUAACCCUUUGUUAUGUAUAUUUUAACUGUUUGCUGUUAGUUUAUUUACCCAAUUACAUGAAGUAAGUCUAUUGAGAACUAAUUCUCGUUUACACCAAUGUCCUGCUGUUCUUAUAGAUUGACGUGUCAUGUGAUGGCUAUGUGGAGUGGAAGGAGCUGUGUAGCUACCUGCUACAGAAGUGCAGAGAGAGAGACAACACCUAGAGGCGCUCUACUAGACACUGGCCACUCAUCUGGCCAUCCCCCUACAUCAGUGUCAGUAAGGAGGGGCUGCUCACUCUGUGGAACCACCGACUACAUGUCCUCUAGACUAUGAAGGUGAGUGGGAUAAUGUGUGAAUGAGGUAGCAGACACACACACACACACUUAUGUAUGUCCCCAGCUUGCUGGAGACCCUGCAGAGGAAGGGGUUAACAGAAGGAGGUUCAGGGGCUGGACCACUGAUUCUGUCUACAUGCUCAGUGUCCACAACUUCGCCGUAGCAACCAGCAGCAAGGACCUCCACUUUGUUGACGUGUCCACGGCCAGCUGCUUUGAGGACGUCCACUUGUUUGGUGUCUAGCCGACUUUUAACUGUUAACGUUUAAAAGACUCAAAGUGGAAGUUUUGCUUUUGAUUUGAUAAAUUGAAGUUCCAUUUUUGUUUGAGUGCCUUGUUUUUUUCCCUCUCUAUAAAGUUCAGUAAUGUCCCAACCUCUCUCUGCUACUGGUAUGACACAAAGGUACAGCCAAAAUUCCUAAUUCUCUUUGUGCUAAAAUAAAUGUUUGACCACUCUGGCGACUAUUCCUCCCAGUCACCAGGGCUCCGCUGUUUGCUGCAAUAGGGAGAUGAGAGGGAGGGGUCCAUCUGCUGUGGUUCCUCCAACAUCACACUGGGCUGUUUGAGAGCUCCUUCAGUGAGGACAAUGGCCUGAAGAGAAUAUACAUGCAGGUAGGCCUCAUUAUCUCCAUUUACUUUGUGCUGGGCUAGAACAAAACCCUGCACACCAUUGUAAUGACCGAAGAAUUGCUUGCUGCAUUACAAACACUUCCAAGGGAGUUAUUUGUGUUGGCACUGUGGUUAGCAUGCCAUCCUUGGGACCAAAUGGGUAGGGUGUUUUUCAGACUUCUUCCCUAAGGGAGCUACACCCCAUAGUUCUCCAGGACCAGGGUUUGUAACCGGAUACAAAUUGGUUUACUGGCAUUAUGGGUGAGAACAUGUCUCCUAACAGGAUAUUGGUGACUCCUACUAACAAAUCCCCGCAGUCCAACAGGAACCAAUCAACAGGAUCACGUACGAGCCCCACACUGACCUCAUUAUGACAUCAUCUGGAAGCGAUGCCUCCUCAGUGGUCAUCAUGCAUGUCUCACUCAGGAGAAAACCCUAAGUGUGGAAAAUCAAUAAGGUCAUCAUUUUACAUAGUGUCUACAUUAUUAUGCGUAUUAUUGUGUUGUUACUUUGGAGUAACACUGUCUCCCGAGUGGCGCAGUGGUCUAAGGCACUGCAUCGCAGUGCUAGCUGUGCCACUAGAGAUCCUGGUUCGAAUCCAGGUUCUGUUGUAGCCGGCCGCGACCAGGAGACCCAUGAGGCGGCACGCAAUUGGCCCGUCGUCAUCCAGGGUAGGGGAGGGAAUGGCCGGCCGGGAUGUAGCGCAGUUGGUAGAGCAUGGUGUUUGCAAUGCCAGGGUUGUGGGUUCGAUUCCCACGGGGGGGCAGUAUGAAUUUUUUAUUUUAUUUUAUUAAAAUAAUUUAUGCACUCACUAACUGUAAGUCGCUCUGGAUAAGAGCGUCUGCUAAAUGACUAAAAUGUAAAAUGUAUAAAGUGCCACCAUUUCUAUUGGAUGAAACAAAAAGCAGUGGGUAGCUGUUAUUGUACCACACAGCCUUAUUCUUUAUCAGAUUUGGACAGCACUCAAGGUUGAGUUUUAAUAGACAGUGAAGGUCUGAGUGACCUUGACCCAGGUCAAGUUGAAAUAUCAACUCUGACAUAAUCAGAUUCUCUCAUGGUAGCUAUCUACACAGUCAUGGAGAGUAAUGAAUAACAUCAGAGGUCAACCUUCACACCGCAGAAUGAUGAAACACAACUGGUCUGAAUUAUUUUGAGUCAUAACUGUGUUUUAUCUGGAAAUUAAAUGUUGCUCACUGUCGCUGACUCCCACCCUAUAACCAAUGUAAAAACACACACGCACACAGACACACACACACACACACACACACACACACACACACACACACACACACACACACACACACACACACACACACACACACACACACACAGAGGAUAGAAUUACCUUUUACUGCGGUAGAAAACAUGUAAAGAAGUGAUUAAAGUAGGAGGGGAUGUUUUCUAUUGGUCGUUAUGGCUUCUGAGAGGGCACAUUUUGUGCUGCAAUAAACUGUCUAGCUUUGGUCAGUUGAACAAUGAAGCUGUCCUCAACAGUUCCCUAUUAUAAACUAAUAGGAAAGACAGGAAGUGUUUUUAGAAUAUUUAGUCAUGCUACAUUUUAUUAAGUGACCCAUAAAUCCUAACCUCCCUUUCUCUGUCUGUCUGUCUGUCUGUCUGUCUGUCUGUCUGUCUGUCUGUCUGUCUGUCUGUCUGUCUGUCUGUCUGUCUGUCUGUCUGUCUGUCUGUCUGUCUGCCUGCCUGCCUGCCUGCCUGCCUGCCUGCCUGCCUGCCUGCCUGUCUGUCUGUCUGUCUGUCUGUCUGUCUGUCUGUCUGUCUCUCUCUUCCGCUGUUCUCGCUCUCCUUCGCCCACCCUCUCUCUCCCUCUCCUCCCCCACCCUCUUUCCCACUCUCGCUCUUCACCCCCUCUCUCCCUCCUCUGCAGGGUGUGACCUGCUUUGACUUCAGCAGGUCUCUUAACCUUUUGGUGAUGUGUGGUCUGGACCCUACGGUCAGACUGUGGAACCGCGUCAUUGUAGUUCAUUAUCAAGUUUUCUGCGCUAAACUAUGUAGAACGGUGGCCUGUUGGAAACUACAACUCCCUACUACAUCGCACAGUUCGGGAAUGAUCAGAUUUAUCGCUAGAGAAACUGCAGCGCAAUGUAAGCAUUUAGCUCAGAAAAAAAUAGAACGAAAUGGAUUCAAAUAAUUGAACCGACGUAGGAAAAUAACUGACAUUUCGGUUAAUGACUCAGCACUACUAGAGACAAAACAUUGGCCAUAUCUUCAGGGGUAAACUGUAAGCCCUCAUCUAAGACAGGUAGAGAGAGACAAACCUAUCCCUAGACUGAAGACCACCACAACUACACCACAAGGUAUUCUGUCCUGGCUGUGGUCCAGGUGCUUUUUCCUUUCCACUUUUUGAUUUCUUUCAGAAGGUGUUUGUUCAUCCCCAUCUGGUUGUGUCCCUGUGUAAGAGCUGAGUGUGUGGGACAUCUCCUCCCAUUGCUGUCUGAGGACCGUCCACCUGCAGUUUCCAUGUCUGCAGCCAGGGCGCGCCCCUGAGCACGGCAACUUCCCAUUCCUGUUGGUGGCCCUGCCUUACCUGUCCCAGACUCUGCCCCACAUCCUGGUGUGUUGUAGAGACUACCUGGCCAGGCUGAGGCUGGAGGAAGGGGGGAGCAACAGGGAGGAGGAGAGGGGAGACAAUGCCAUGGUGCCCCUCUCUCCUGUGACCUCUACAACCCCACACUGAAACAGGAGUGUAUGGAAUCUUAUACACAUAUACAUUGUCAUAUCUAAACAUACACGAGAGUGUGCAUACUGUAUGUGUGUGCUUACGUCCGUGUGUGUGUGUGUGUGUGUGUGUGUGCGUGCGUGCGUGCCUGUUUACAUCCGUGUGUGUGUAUUGUGCAUGUUUAUAUGUGUGUGUAGGUCAUCACCGGAUGUGAUGACUCGUCUGUAUCAGUGUGGGACGUAGAAACAGGGACUCUGCAUCUGAAGAUCACCAGUGCUCACGGAGAGGAAGAGAUUACCUGCAUGGCGAUAGACUCCUCCCACACAACACUCAUCGCUGGAGCAUGCAACGGAACCAGGACUUCUCAAGGACCCUGUUUGCAUUUGAUCAAUUCAUCUUUCUCCCAUAUUUCUUUGUUAUCACUGAACUGACAUGACUGGAUUGGUAAAAGCUACUGUAGCCUAUGCAGUGGAGCCUGUGCUUUCACCUAUCCAAUCAUGUUACUGACGUCUGAUAACUAUUUUAAGAAAAGGAGAAAAGCAGGAUACAUUCCCCAAGUAUCUGUUAAGACCUUCUCCAUUAUGAUUCAGUUAAAACAACUUUAGAUGGACACAGAUCGUAGUUUACUGUGAUGUGAUGUAUCUCUCUGUCAAAAGGUGUGGAACCUACUGAACGGCCUCAACCUACACAAGCUAGAGCAUGUCACCUUCUCAGAGGUCACAGGGGUCAUCUGUCUCCAUGACAAUCAGCUCCUGGCUGUGGGGUGGAGCCAGCAGGUUACUCAGGAUGACAUCACAGGGGCUAAGGUACACUCACACACAUAUUUUCUUUUUCAAUGAAAAGUGCAUGUGUUCCAGCCAGUAUAAACACCUAUACUGCACUCUCUGGUGAAAGUGUCCACCACACCUCAACCCCAGUGUUAUCUUACACUACCGCCAGACCAUGUCUGCUCCAUGUGGUUACACUCAGAGCUACCAGACACAUACCUUCCUUACAAGAGAGCUUUCAUGAAUUAAUAUAUAUUUAUAUAUAUAUAUAGCAUAUUGGUUCUGAGGUUUCGUAUUGUAAGACGUCAGCGUAACCUGGUGUGGUUUUGAGAGCACAUCCUUUUUAUGCUAUAACAACUUGGCUAAGAGGUGGUGUAUGUAAACUAUACCAGUGAAUGACUCAAAGUAUGACCUCUGGGUCUUGUUAUACUCACAGUAUCACUCACAGGAGGUUGGUGGCUCCUUAAUUGGGGAGAAUGGGCUCGUAGUAAUGACUGGAGCGGAAUCAGUGGAAUGAUAUCAACUACAUCAAACAUAUGGUUUCCAGGUGUUUGAUGCCAUUCCAUUUGCUCCGUUCCGGCCAUUAUUAUGAGCCGUUCUCAGUAGCCUCCACUGGUAUCACUCACUACAAUUUGGAACUAGAAUUUUGCACAGAUGGGUAGAUAUAAAGUCAUACAUAUACAGAGGCAAACUUGGUUUGUUUUCACAUUUUAAUGGAUGCUAUGUUGGCACCAAGGUUCAAAUUAGUAUGUUAUUUUGGUGAACAUAUAGUUCCAAUAUGGCGUCCUGUGUGUGUUGGUGUAGGAUGUGUAUGUGAGGGCGGACAUGUCAUUAUAUGGCCUUCUGUGUGUGGUGUGUCAUAUAGCAUGUGUAUAUGAGGGCAGACAUGUUGUGGGAGUCGGGUCAGCAACACAGAGCUGACAUCCUGGCGGUUGACCACUGCCCUGCCCUGGGGGUCGUUGCUACGGGUAGCCACGAUGGAGAGGUCAUCAUCUGGACGCAGGACACACAGAGACCUCUGGUUCGCCUGCAGAGGGACACACACUCACUGUGAGUCUACUGUGUGUGUGUGUGUGUGUGUGUGUGUGUGUGUGUGUGUGUGUGUGUGUGUGUGUGUGAAACAAUGUACCAUGUUUUCCUUUGUAUCUCAAUGCUUUAUCGCAAAUUGAAAUAAAGUAUUCAUAAUGUAUUUGCUGUCUGUGUAUGUGAUUUGUGUGUGUAUGUGUCGAGGACAGUGCUCCUCAUAGGCAGUAACCUGGUCACACACACUCACGGUAACCUGGUUGCACACAUGGUAACCAGGACACACACACAGUGAGAGAGGGAAGGAGGGAGAGGAGGUGGCAGAGGACAGGGAUGUGGGGGGAAAAGGAGUAGCUAAGGAAGGAAGGAAGGAAGGAAGGAGAGAGAGAGAGAGAGAGAGAGAGAGAGAGAGAGAGAGAGAGAGAGAGAGAGAUGGGUUUAGUGGUGGGCUGUAGUAAAUCUGAGAGUGAUUAUGAUGACAGUUGUGUUAGUGCGGUGUCAUCCAAGUGGAGGUGAGGAGGAAUGGGGAGUUAAGACAAAUUAUAUUAUACAAGAUAUCAAUCAACCUAUUUAUUAGAGCUGGGAAUUUCCAGGGACCUCACGAUACAAUAUUAUCACGAUACUUAGGUGCCGAUACAAUAUGUAUUGCGAUUCUCAGGAUUCUAUAUGUAUUGCGAUUCGAUACUGCGAUUGUAUUGCUAUUCGAUGUUCCAAACAUAUUGCUCACCAAGUCUGCUGCAGGGACGAGAGAGCCAUGAGAAAGCGAGUUUUGAUCAGUCAUGGAAAUAAAAGUGCUAAAAACAUGUUUGCUUGCCAUUUAAAAAGAAGAUGGAGAACAAGCUAUAGAAGGAAAAAUACUUGAGUUUUGGCGCAGGUACAGCCGACUAGCACAAAAUUAAUAUUGCGAUAUUGUCAAAAACAAUAUCCCGAUAUGUGAAAAUAAUAUCCCCCCCAUCCAAUCGCUACUGUAGUGGGAAUUUCCAGGUGAACAAAAGGAGAGCAGUCAUUGAUCUAAUCAAUCAAAAUAAUUUUGGUUUAAUUACAAGUUGCGACAGGGAGACAACCUCCAGCAUAGAAGCAUAGAAAAAGUCUAACUUGCCUUCUCUAAGCAGGCCCCUUAUAUUGUAAUCUCACAGCACCAAUGUUCUGUAAACACCUGCCUAGAGGCUUGCAGGAAGUCACAACAUCAGCUGCUACAGAAUCACACGGUGUGACAGAAUACAAUAACAUAAAGUGUCCUCGUCCUUGUAUAUCCAGUCCAGUCUGGCGUCAAUCACUAUCAACAGAUAUGAGAAUCCAUAACAUUCGUUAUCAUGUCUAGUGACCAUCAACCAGUUCACAAAUGAGUGCACUCAUUUGAGUGCAUCCCAAAUAGAACACUGUAUUACAGAAAGGGGACAAAAAUAAGUAUGCUAAGCAUUGUGUUAAUUACGCUAAACUGAAUAACAACUUUAUUCACCUUAAAUUUCACAACUACAACUAGUAUUUAUGUCCUCUGUCCUUGUGUGGGUGUGGGAAUACUGUAUGUACUGUACAGUAUGUCUGUCUCUGGUCAGGAGUAUACAAUAUUAUCCAGAUCAUCAUCUCUGUUUUUAGUAAAGUACUGUAUAUGUUUAGGAUAAAUCUCUUUAUUCAUCUCUGUUUCAUGUGUUUUACGCUGUACUCUAUCUUCACGUGUGUCUACCUGUCUUUUAUGUUUCACCUCCCCAGCCCUCCUCCAGCCGCCCUCCUCUCAUGCAGUCCUGGAGGGCCCACAAGUGUGGAGGUGCUGGUGUACGUAGAGAGACUCUUCUUCCUCUCUGGCUCUGUGGAUGGGACCGCCAGACUGUGGACGUGGGAGGGAGGGGAGGGAGGGCAUGUAGGUUCCUUUGGACAGUAA